AUGGAGGACUCUUCAACUCGUCCAUCCACCUCCCAAAUCCUUUCAGUCCCCACCUCGAAGGAGGAAUUUAUCGAGGCUGAGCACUACUGGAGCUCAGUCACAUCCAUUAGCCAUAUAUCUGAGUUGCUAGCUUAUCAUGGCCUUAAGCUUUCUGGUGAAAUAGACUCAGAUUUAGACAACGUGCUCAACAGGUCUAUGGCCUCAAAGGCGAGUAAGCACCAAAGAGCCUCGCAGAAAGAAGGUCGCCCCUCCAAGAUGCCCAAAAAGACCGAGGUGGCCCCUCUAGCCUCGGUUCCCCUAUAUUCGAGUCAAGUUGUCAAACCCACUUCUGAUGUCAGACUGCGGACAACUAACGAGCCUGUGGAGGCUAGAGAUGCCCAGUUAAGGCUUGAGGAUGAACUAAAAGCUGCGAAGCUGGAGGUGGCAGCAAGGGAUGCAGCCAUUCAGAAGCUUUCUGAGCUCGAGUCAAGGCUGGAGGUUGCUUUGAAAGAGGCCCAGAAGGUCCCCGACCUUGAAUCGACGUUGGAGGUGACCUUGAAGGAGGUCGAGGCCAAGAAUUUCGAGAUCAAGGAGAUUCAGGAACUCAAUGCCAAGCUGGAAGAGGAAAAGAAGAUGACCUUUGACGUUAUCGAAGGUGAGAAGGCUCGUCUUCUGGAGGAGUUCAAAACCAAAAAAGAUCGUGCCGUAGACAUGGUGAUGUAUCGGAUUGGGUGA